AAUUCUUAUUUUUAAUAAAAUAUGAUAAUAAAUGUGUUCAAACUGUUGGAAAAUAAACUUUAUUAUCAUAUGCUACGUUUUCUUUCAUACAACCUCAAACAACCUUCAAUCUAAAACAAGCAAAGCAGGCUAUAGCACUCACGGGACCUCGUCAGCUUGUAAAGAAGAACACGAAGAAGAAAACUUUGUUUAUUCCAAACGAAACGGGCGCGCGCGCUUGAAUGCCGUGUUUAUCUUUUUUACUUAUUUUUUACCGUGAAUUAAAAGCUUUAAGAUGAAUUUAGUGUGUCCCAUCUGUUCGGAUAUGUUUGUACCAUCGGCCGAAGUAAAUAUAACACCGUGUGGCCACAUGUUCCAUCACAUCUGUCUGCUACAGUGGCUUGAAAGAUCCAAAACCUGUCCCCAGUGCCGUGAUCGUUGCACAGCCGCUAGACUAAUCAAAGUGUACUUCAAUGUAACGGCCAAUCUUGACACGACCGAAGACAGUGCCUCGUUGUUGGAAAAGCUGGACAAUCUUACGCUGAAAAUACGCGAGCAGGAAAAAUCGCUAAAAACUUAUGAAACAAAUGCAGCGCAACAUAAAAACGAACAGAAAAAGAUGCGAAAAACGUUACUGGGCUUGGAGGAAGAGAUACGGAGCAAAAAUACGGCUAUGUUUGCGCUGAAGCACGAGCUGGACAUGAUGCGAGGCGAUCGAAAAACGUUGGUAAAGGUGCAGGAGGAGCUGGAGGGCAUGCGAAGGAAGCUAGAACUGUACAUGUCGGUAAAGCAAGUACUCGACGAUACCGUCCAAGAGGUGGAACAGAUGCUCACGAAUAAUAUGAGCCGUGAGGCAGCCAUCACACUAGCCGUAGCGCUGAAACGUGAGCUACAAGCGCAAGAGAUGAAGCGAAAAUCUCAAUCGGAGCGUAUAAGCCAUCUUCAGAAUAGCAUAACAGAGCAGCGAAGAAAAAACAAAGCGCUGGAAGAUAAGCUAGCCACGUCCGAUAGUGAGAUAUAUCGCCUGGAGCAUCUGCUAAAACAACAGGCGACAGAAAGAUGCGUCAAUACGUCGACCGAAAGUGUUGGUUCGCCGGACGAUACCAUACCGAACACACCAGACCAACGGCCGAAGGUUGGUCGGAAGCGUCCAAUGCCGGACCUCAACAACAGUACGCCCUUGUCGGAGAAGGUUCGUAAAAUUAUAGACUCAACUUCACCGUAUCUUCGUGUUAAGACUAGCAGCAUAGGGCUUGCGCCACUCAUGCGCGGUGGUUUAAGCGCCAACCCGGCCGGCGCUGCCUCAUCCAGUGUUAGUGCUACGGAGAAACCAAAGCUGAGCGGUGGUCUUACCGUCAAAUACUCCAUCUUUUCGAAAAAGAGAAUACCUGAGUCAAGUUCUGGGCUUGCCUCGAUAGUCAAAUCUUCCAGCACCAUGCAAGAUGAGAACAGUCGCGUAAGUAAGCAAGAGGAGGAAAGCACCGCACUGGCUGGACCACGAUUUACCUUGACUUCUUCGACCGUUACGGCACGGCUUAAGGCUGGCAAGCUUACCAGGCAUCCUUCAGCGGUGAUGAGCCCCGAGAAGGGAGCUAACUUAGUUAAUUUAGAUGGGCUAGAUUCUAUUUUUGAGUAAGCGCGUCUUUAAAGAGUGUUUUAAUAAACUAUUUGUUGUCCUUUUAA